GCAGGGUACUACGCCUAUCUGCCUAGCGUUGUGGGUGCUGGCAUUUUUUAUGGUGCUUUUCGGGGCCAGUGCAUUUGUUCAUCUUUGGCAAAUGGGGAAGACAAAAACUUGAUUCUUUACUGCAUUCCUCAUCGGCGCUUUCAGUUUGUUCUCCUGAUGACUUUGGUUCACAUUUUCCGAUUGAUCUCAGCACGCAGUCUCGACAGCCUUUCGACGAUGAUCAUUUUUCUAGAAUCGCUUUAUGCCGCAACAAUCUACAUGACACAUAGUCGCAUUGUAGUCUACGUUGGAAAACCUGAUUUGUCCACCUUCGCACCCAGGAAAGUGACCAAAAUCUCUAUAGCAGGUGCAUCAGGAAUGAUGGUCAGCAGCAGUCUCGCUAGUAUUGGAAAAAGCGUUGUGAUUGCUGGCUUGGCUCUGCAGGUAUUGAGCUUCAGCCUUUUCACCGUUACUGCACGUGUGUUCCAGACACGGAUGCGUCGCUGCUCAACCUCAGAGGGAAUUGAUGACAUUUUUCCUUGGAAGCAACAUCUGCACAGCCUCUACGCUAUCAGCGCGCUCAUCCUCAUUCAGUCCAUUUCCGGGUCAUUGAGUACGAUGUGGGCAAUGGAGGAUAGCCCUUGA